AUGAAUCGAAGUGUGGACAGGCUUCGGAACACCUACUCUGGUCGGUCGAAUAACAGGGACCUAUCGAAUAGAUCACAGUCAUCAGACAACGAGGUUUUCGAUCAAACCACUCACGGUAAAGAUCGGCUCACAGAAAAAAAGAUGUCUACUGACUUCCGCGCCCGUGUACGCAGUGAAAAGGUGGUCAAGGAGGUCCUUUCUCCAGACACUACAUAA